GUUACAGUACAAGGACGACAUUGGGAACCAGAGCCAUGCAAGUGCCACGAGUUUCUACUUGAACAUCCCCGAGCCGAACAACAUGAAGGACACGUCGCCACAGGACUGGAAACGCUUGACUUUUGCAAAGGCCAGUCCAACCUCGGAGCAGCCUUCGCCAACGUCGGCGCCUGCAACGCCUUCUUUCCGUCCAAAAGACGACUACACGAUCAAAUUCUUGAUCAACUACGAAGGUGGCUUAAGCAUCAUUUAUUUCCCAACGACGACCGAACAGUGGCAACAGCACAAAGAACAGCAGCGACACGAGCCUCGACUCACUCACAGACUCAUCAAGCACCUGAUGUCCGCCCUGCCAGACAACUACAUCAUUCACAACGAGGACCACGCCAACGCCCACCUCAUGAUAUACUGCCCCAACGUCUACAACCAGGCAGCGUUCAACACCUGGAUGCAGUGGAGCAAGGGCCGCACGAUCAUCGCCUACUCCAACACAUGUGUCGGGCGGCUCCUCAGAGUUGCAGCGUUGGCACUGCAGCAGAUGCUCAAAGCCACCUGGCCUCACCACUUCGGGAACAUCGCCACGCCUCAACUUUGGCAAGAAGUCCAUGAGCUAUUUCAAGCCAACGAAGAGCAGCCAGAACGAGCAGACAUUAUUCAAAGCGUGCGCUAUCUCAUCGCCGAGUUCUCCAAAACCAACAACGACAUCCUUCUAAUCAUCAGCCCCAUUCUGUCGACGUGCGCCAUCGUCUCGACGGAGAUCAUGUACGUCGACGACCGGGCGAUCAUCGUCGACAAGGAGGCCCUCCACAGCAACCCCUACAUCUGGCAACUCGCGUCAGCUACAUUCUACAUCCUGAACAAUGGCGUUACAGGCUACCUCAGUCAGCAGGCUCCCGAAAACUUCGCCUCAGCGGCUACCACAGCCGGAGAUGGCGUCGAACUUACAGAUGUGGACUCAGACUCAGACGUGGACCAGUUGAGCAGGUAUGUCAACGGCAGCGCUCACGCGUCGUGGCGCGCCAACCAUGGUCUCCUCUUCCGGAAGUACCGCUGGACCUCGGCUCUUCUUGCCCAUAUGGUUCGAGCAUGCACGCACACCAACUUCUCCACCGUUUCGCUGCUACACAACGUGAACAUGGCCGCCCACGUUGACAAGUACAAUCAGCCAGGCUCUACCAACGUGCUCGUGCGUCCAGGUCAAUGCCAUCGUCAGGACGCCUCGAAUGACGAUUACAAUCACUCCAUCAGAGUUAAGUCGAUGGCCCUCGCCGACGCACACAGCUUGGCGUGCGACAUGGCCAUCCAGCACACCGAGAUCACCGCUUAUUCCCUCUUGGAAGUGACGCAUGACCUCCGCAUGCUCGUGCACCUCGCGCAAACCAACAAGGCCACGUGGCUUCGCUGCAACCAAGUCCUCACCUCAACCAGCACAGAGUGCAAGAUGCAGUCGAACGCCCCCUGGCACAAGCGCGCUGGACGCGCCAUAGAUGGCAACCACGUGGAGACACCGAUCGACAUCAAGAUGUACUUGUUCAACAAGCGCAUGCACACUUGGUAUCAUCAUGAGCUUUCUUACCAGCAGUACAUGGACCUCCAGGUGCACAACUCGGGUGGCCACUAUGGACAAACGCCUGACGCAUGGCCUCUUCUGCUCUUCCCAGAGAAGCGAGCCUCUUCAGCGUAUGAGACC